AUGCCUGCACGGCCAAACGUGGUUAAAUCGAAGUUCUUCCGGUUCCACAAAGGCCACGGGCAUAACACAGAAGAAUGCAUCCACUUGAAAGACGCAAUAGAAAUAUUAAUCCGAGAAGGACACCUAAAGCAAUACGCUAAGAAGCAAGAGGCUGCCAAAGAAGCCAAGCCAGUCACCGAGGAAAAGCCAGCGGAAGAUACGCCCGCCAUGCAAGUGGCCAUGAGUAUCACCAGACCGGAGGACUUUUACCUCCUCGAUUGGGCCAGGGUAUCAUCCACCCCCUCUCUUCACAGCCCAUGGGAAAUAUUCCCCUCCGCCAUGGUCAUAUUCGGGGGAGGAUUCAGCAAACUCACCGUCAGAUCCGUAAAACGGAAAUUCGAUGAGCUAAUUUUAGCUAGUUCAAGCAACUGCCCGGCGGAGCACCCAAGUGCGACCAUUCCCCUCAUCAUCCAGGCUCAAAUGGCCAACUUUGACGUGCGACGCAUAUUAGUCGAUCAAGGGAGUUCGGUGGACAUUAUGUACUCCCAACUGUUCAAAACACUACAGCUUAACGACAGCCAGCUCACCCCCUACAUAGGAUCAUACCUACAAGGGUUCAACGACACUAUGACAAAACCACGGGGAUUCGUCGAGCUCAUCGUUUCAAUUGGAUCGGCGGAAACCGCUAGGGCCGUCAAAGUCCAAUUCCUGGUCAUUGACUGCCCCUCAAUCUACCAGUGCAUUGUGGGACGCCCGACCCUGGCCGAGCUGAUCGUGGUCCCCUCAACCGUGCAUCUCAAACUCAAGUACUACACAGCCAAAGGACAAGUUGCAACGCUUAACGCCGACAUCGAAGCGGCCAGAAGAUGUUUCAAAGUCUCCUCCAAAGGUCUCAGCUCUAUAAAAGCAGCCGCCUAG